CUAAUUUAGCCUGUGUGUGUCAUUUCUUUCAGGCGAAUUUGUCAGUUUCUUGGACUCUGUUCAUAAUAAUGCAAUGUACAAUCACUUUAUCAAUGAAUACUAAUGGAAUGUUGACAUUACAAUUGUUUAACAUGACAAUAUUCUUUUUCAGGAAACGUCAACCUCAGAGCAAAAGUUUAAAUUUAAAUUCAUUUGAAUUUGAGUUGUAAAAAUAUUCAAAAUCCAAGAUGGCUGUCAUCAGUGCUAUGAAAUUCACAUUUGUACUUCUUAUCCUCAGUCUGGAUUUGUGUUCCACAACUAUAGCUAGAAAGUGUCCCGAAGGAAUGUUCAGAAAAAAUAGGAAAUGUGUACAAUGUUCAGACUGUCCAAAGGAUCAAAUAGUGCGCGAGAUAUGCACAGAACAUAAGGACGUCGUAUGUGGGGUUUAUACCGAAUGGCAUCAGAACCAAAAUGUAAAUCCAAUGCCCCAAAUCAAAGUAAAGUCCCCAGCACCGACGGAAGUAUCGUCUACUUCGUCCAAAAACAACCAAGCAAACGUCAUUGUAAAAGGUAAAUUUUGAAUUUUUAUUGACCAGUAAAUGUUCAGUGAAAAGAAAUCAGAGUAAUGUACGUGUCAAAACAAUAAAUGUCUAAAGUUCCAUUUGUUUCUGUUAUUUUAUUUGAAAAUUUAUUUGAAUUUAUUUGAAAAUGUUACAUAUUUUGUAAUGAUGAAUGGAUACAUAAUUAUUUUUAAUUUAAUAUUCAAUUUUAUUGUAGGUGAUGAUGAUUCACAGUAUUGGAAGAUAUUAUGUUUUGGUCUUAUCGGAUCCCUAGUCAUCAUUACGAUGUUCUUCACACUGUACAUCAUAUUAUUACAUCUGCGGUUCAGAAAGGUCCAAACAAGGGAUAAAUACAGGCAACCAG